AAAAUAUUCAAAAGGAGACCACCUUCUCCUUUGCACUCCCGUAAACCACAUAAAUCCUCCCUCCUAAAAAAUCGCUACUCUCCCUCGAUUUCCUCCCUAUCUCUGCUUCCGAUUCCCAACAAAUUCAGGUUCUCUCGUUAUCCUUUCCUGUAAAUAUAAACGUAUAUAUAUUACAUACACCUAAUUUCGAUCUCUAAGCUUCUUAUCGAGCUGCAAAUUCUUAAAAUUAACGACGAGUUCUCUGCAUAUUGCUCUAUCUCUUUCGGUGUCUGCUCCUUGUGCUUAUUUAAUUGAUUAGGGUUUCUGGAGCUGUAAUAGAUUUACGAAUUUAUAUUAUUCGACGUUAAAGUUCGAAUCUUUCUUUCUGAAGCCUGUUUCCCUUUUUUAUGCGUUUCCCCCUUUUUGCGACUGUCCAGAAUAAUUGAUACAGUUUUCCCACAAAAAAAAAAUUCCUUUAACUUUGUGGGAAUCGAAUCUUUAAGUUAGGGUUUUUGUUGAUUCCACGAUUGUCGUUUGUGUGAGCUAAAGUGGAAACUAUCCAAUUUGGUUAGAUUAUCAAAAUUUGGUCGAACCAGAGUUUGAUAGUUGUAGACAUGGUUGAAUCCGUCGCUGCAACAUCCCUUUUAGGGCAUACACCGAUUUUAGGGCAUUACUUGAGAAAUGUUUCUGUUAAUCAAUAUGUGGCUAUGCCGUCCCGAUUUCCAAGAUUUCCAGUGAUUAAAGCCCAAGCAAUGGAGUUGACUAAGGAAGCGAAUUUGUACAAAGAGAAAGACCGAUUCCCAAGAUUUCCGCAGAGUUUCAAGGAAGAAAAACCAGAGUUGUUUCCACCUAAAAACAAGGCUGAUAAUCCUUCAUUACAUAACCCAUUGGCUCGACAAGAAAGAAUGGGUUGUGGUUGGUUAGGCGCUAUAUUCGAAUGGGAAGGAGUUUUAAUCGAAGAUAACCCAGAUCUGGAAAAGCAAUCAUGGCUUACACUUUCUCAAGAAGAAGGCAAAUCCCCACCUCCAGCUUUUCUUCUUCGAAGAAUACAAGGCAUGAAGAACGAGCAAGCAAUCUCAGAAGUCUUAUGUUGGUCAAGAGAUCCAUCUCAGUUGAAACGAAUGGCUUCAAGAAAAGAAGAGAUCCACCAAGCUUUACAAGGCCGGAUUUACCGAUUCCGUGAUGGGUCUCAGGAAUUCAUGAAUAUCUUAACCCGUUACAAGAUUCCAAUGGCAUUGGUCUCGACCCGGCCACGUAGGAAUCUUGAAGAAGCGAUUUGUGCGAUCGGAAUCGAAGGGGUUUUCAGUGUUGUGGUGACUGCUGAAGAUGUUUACAGAGGGAAACCGGAUCCGGAGAUGUUUUUGUAUGCAGCUGAGCUUUUGCGGUUUAUACCCGAAAGAUGUAUUGUGUUUGGGAAUUCGAAUUUGACUGUAGAAGCUGCUCAUGAGGCAAGAAUGAAGUGUGUUGCUGUGGCUAGCAAACAUCCGGUUUAUGAGCUUUCUGCUGCUGAUUUGGUGGUGAGGUCGCUUGAUGAGCUUUCGGUGGUUGAUUUGAAGAAUCUUGCUGAUGUUGAGUUGACUGAAUUUGGGUCAACGCCGGAAUUGGAAAUGGAGUUGGAGGAAGAAAACGAUGGGCACCCGCCUUCAUCCGUAGCGGUUGAUGAUGGUUUCUGGUAGUUUUAUGGGAGUUUGUACAGUGGUUUAUGGUGGUUGGCUGGUGAUUGGGUGCCCUUUGUAAAAAUGUAAAUGGGAAACCUGAAGUUGGAAAGGUCAAAGGGUUAUCUUUGAUAUAUAGAUUACCAAUUGUGCGAUGGUGUGUCAUGAUUGUAUGUAUGUAUCAAUUGUUACAUGGGUUUGUGUUAUGUAUAGAAAGGUACUUAUGUUCUCUUGUU